AUGUCUACAUCGAUAAUGCCCACGUCCCGUACGGUAGACGGAGUCUUCGCAUCGGUCUUCCCGCCUUCGGUCGUCAAGCCCCCCAAGAACCGUCGCCGUUUCGCGCCCAGGACCCUUGCAACCAUCCCGGAGAUCCAGACUUCCUUACACCAGCACCUGAGGGUCCUUCUCGGAAUCGGUGACGAGACCUUCGUCUAUGGCCAGGAGCAAUGGGUGUCCAAUGCUGGCUUUCCCUUCCACAGCCACCUCGAUUCCUGUCCGCCACUCGACGAGCUCAGGAAGCCGACAGCAACUGACCAUGCUACCCAGAUCAGCAGAGAGGCACAGUCUCCCAUCUGGACUAUGCUUGCGGGUUGGGGCGCGACGGUCGGUGCAGAGACCGUGGUCAAGCUCCUCGCGUCGGUACUGAAUGAAUUGAUGACCGAGUUUGUGACCUGGUCCUACGCCGGAAUCUACCGUCAAGAGCUGCACCUUCACCUCGAGUUUUGGGUAGAACAUUUGUUUUCCCGGAUUGCACGCAAGGUGCUCGUUUGCCUGGACGAAAAGUUGGAAUCACAAACUCUCCCGGAGACAGAGGUGAGGAAAUGGAUGGAUAUGGCGACCGCCCGUCUCGGCGCUCUCCGCGUCGAUGAGCUCUUCGACGUCAUCGUGGAGUGGGACGCUACCGCACCCGCAAUCGAGGACUUGCGCCAUUUCACGACAAACCCGAUGACAAGAGGGUACUUGGCGCACAACUUUGCCAAUGUCCUGCAAGCACGUCUUCUCCACCCUGGCGCAUCGACCAUCGAGAUCCUACAAUUCUAUAUUUCCAUCAUCCGCUCGUUUCGCAUCCUCGACCCACGAGGAGUCCUCCUCGAUCGAGUCAUAAGGAGACUCCGUCGCUACGUCCGAGAGCGAGACGAUACCGCCAAGGUGAUUGUGGGCGGACUGCUGGCAGACGUAUCACCGGACGAAGAAGGGCGGCCGCCACCGUCCGACCCGACCGUCCUGACAGAACUCGCUCGUGAAUUGACCAGCCACACCGCACGAGACAAUGGGCCGGAUGACGGUGAAUUUGACUGGAACAACAUGGAGUGGAUUCCCGACCCCAUCGACGCCGCCCCAGACUACUCGAAAUCCAACAAACCCACAGAUGUAAUCGGUAGUUUCGUUACACUGUUUGAAACCAAGGACGUCUUUGUCAAGGAGCUUCAAGCCGGGAUGGCGGAGAGGCUUCUCAAGAACAAAGCCCACUUCCACGAGGAAGUCGGUAUGCUGGAGCAUUUGAAGAUACGUUUCGGAGACUCGGGACUGCUCGUGUGUGAAGUGAUGCUGCGGGAUGUAGUGGAUUCGAAGAAAGUGGAUAAAGUCAUCAGGAGGGAGUUGGAAAUGCAACAAGCGAAGACAGGACGCGACCCCACGGACGGGGAUGACGGGGUCCAGAUUCACGCAAGGAUCCUCUCCCGCCUGUUCUGGCCGGCCAUGCCCGAUCAGUCAUUUAACGUCCCACCCGCGGUGAUGGAGGAGCAAAGAAAGUACGAACAGGGCUUUAAGGCUCUGAAGCAGUUGCGCAAGUUGACCUGGAUCAAUAGUAUUGGUCAGGUGGAGGUUGACUUGGAAUUGGAGGACCGUACGUACCACGAGGAAGUCUUUCCAUGGCAAGCGACCGUCAUCUACGCGUUCCACGAUGAAGGUGUCGGAAGUGCCGGGCAGCCGGUGAGAAAGACCGUGACGGAACUUGCCUCGGAGCUUGCCAUGUCUCAAGCCCUCGUUCGGUCGGCCUGCAUGUUCUGGGCUUCCAAACGCGUCCUCACUGAAGCCUCGCCGAACACCUUCGCUGUUCUUGAAAAGCUCCCCAGCGGAGCCGACGCCGCCGACGACACGCCGAUGGGCGAAGCUGGUGCAUCCGCCAACCACCGAUCCAACAGAAAUUUCGCCGCCGCACAAGCAGCCGCUCUGGCCGCGGCUACAAGGGAGGCCGAGGAAGCAGAACGCAAGCAAAAGAUGGCCAUGUAUCAACGAUUCAUUGUCUCGAUGCUCACGAACCAGGGCGGCAUGCCGCUGGCCCGGAUCUCGAUGAUGUUGUCCAUUGUGGUGCCGGGCGGGUUCCCUUAUAGUAAUGAGGAAUUGAAGGAGUUUCUGGCGUCCAUGGUCAAGGAAGAUGCGUUGGAAGUAGGCAAUGCGGGUAUUUAUCGAGCCAAGACUUGA